AUGGUCAGAUGUGGUGAAGAAAUAUGUGGAAAAGAUGAAAAACAAAACCGAUGUAGUCAAGAAAUAACAACAAUUAAUGGAAAAUCUAUUGAAACGGAAUUUUAUUAUGAUGAAAAUAAAUUCAGAAAUGCCGUCGUAACGUAUUAUUUAAGUAAACAAAAUAAUGCUGAUAAAAAAAAGGUCAUGAAAGACUGGUUGGAGUUUAAAAAAAUAUACUACGAGUAUCAGUUAGCGGUGUUCGACAAAAUGAAAAAAUCAAAUGGUUAUCUUAUUAUAUCAAACUGGUGCAUUGACAAUAAUAUCAAAUAUAGAACAUGAACGCAAAAAGUUGAUGGAAUGGCUAAUGGAUAUCCUACCGAACAUACCAUGAGAAUAUAAUAACUUACUAAAAAUAUUUAUUAUUUAAAAAAACAUGCAACUUCCCUUUAACUCCACAAUAGUCUAUCCAAACACCUACGUCCAUUUCAUAUUCUCCAAUUAUAAAGCAGUUAUAUAAAAUAAAGUGGCUAAGGCGCUUAAUGUCUAAAUAUAGACAAUGAAGAUCCCCUUGCUUUUAAAUGACUUUUUUGUUUAAAUUACUAAAUAAUUGUGUAUGUUAUUUAAUAUUAUUAUUACUUAUAUUAUUAUGUCUACUAUACCUAGUGUUAUUAUUAAAUACCUACCUCCUUUGAAUUCAAAGAGUACUACCCGUUAAUUUUUU